AUGUUGACUGAUUUUGCAGUUCGAAGAAAAGAUCGUAUCAUCUUUAUUGCUAUAUUUGCUCUGAUCGCAUUUUUACUCCACCAUCACGCCCAGCAACCUAGUACACCCAAAGGACCUACAACAUAUAGAGCACCCCUUACAUUUAAAUCAGCAAAGUUUGACUGGUCUCAUGCAAAGCAGUACUUUCCUGUUGAUUCAUUCACAGCCUUGCCAAAAGAAAAGCCCAAGAAGCUUCCGCUAGUACAACACCAGUUUAGCAAGGCCUACACAGACGAUGCAAUCACGAAGAAACGGCGCGAAGCCGUUCGCGAAGCUUUUAUCAGAUCAUGGAAAAGCUACAAAAGUCAUGCUUGGCUUCAUGAUGAAUUGUUACCGGUGAGCGGGGGAUUCAAAGAUCCUUUCGGAGGCUGGGCAGCCAAUCUUGUUGAUUGCCUAGAUACUCUCUGGAUCAUGGACCUGAAAGAGGAAUUCUACGAAGCUGCUGCCGUUGCUGUGCAACUGGACUGGAGCAAUACCACAGAGUCGGGAAUCAAUCUUUUUGAAACCACCAUCCGGCAUUUGGGUGGUCUUCUUGGUGCAUAUGACCUGAGUAAAGAGCCAACGUUGCUGGAGAAAGCGGUGGAAUUGGGCAACAUGCUAUACAUGGCAUUCGACACGCCAAAUCGUACCCCAGGUUUCUGGCUUACCUUUGAAGAUGUGAAGGCUGGAAGACAACUUGCUGGGACACAUGAUCCAAGUUCGGGGCCAACGUCUCUAUCGCUUGAAUUCACUAGACUGUCUCAAUUGACGGGCGAUGAUAAGUAUUACGAUGCGAUAGAGCGUAUGAGACAACUUCUCGAGCGUACACAAGAGCAAUCGCUUUUACCUGGAAUGUGGCCGACUAUGGUCAACUUCAGGGAGGGGACGGUCAGGGGAGACAACUCUUUCUCCCUCGGAGCGCUUGCAGACUCACUCUAUGAGUAUCUUCCAAAGAUGGUCAUACUUCUUAGUGGACGCGAGGGCUCUGAAUCAUACGAGAAGAUGUAUCGCAGAGCUAUGGAUGUCGUGAUUGAACACGUGCUCUUCAGACCCAUGCUCCCAGGGAAAGAAGACUUCUUAUUUGCAGGCACUACUUUUGUCCAUGAGGAUGGCAUUCAUCUUGUUCCCGAAAUGCAACAUCUUACUUGUUUCAUCGGAGGAAUGUUUGCCCUUGGCGGUAAAAUCUUCGGUAUUGAUGACCAUAUUGUCAUCGGGGAUCGUAUAGCCCGCGGAUGUGGCUGGGUUUAUCAAUCAUUUCCUACUGGAGUUAUGCCGGAGAUAUAUGCUCUCAUCGAAUGUCCCACGCUAGAACCAUGCAACUGGGAUAACGAGAAGUGGCAGAGAGAAGGUGAUCAGUCCCUGACUCAUGGCUUCCGACAUGCCCGUGAUCCCCGCUAUUUACUUAGGCCUGAAGCUAUUGAAAGUAUUUUCAUUAUGUAUCGAUUGCAGGGGAAGGAUGAUUUACGAGAAACGGCUUGGAAUAUGUUUGAAGGCAUCAUGAAGUCAACUCAAACGUCCUUGGCCAAUUCUGCUAUCAGUAAUGUAACUGUCAGUGGCGAGACUGAGAAAGAGGACUCCAUGGAGAGCUUUUGGAUGGCAGAAACACUCAAGUACUUUUACUUGAUAUUUUCUUCGCCGGAUACAAUCAGUUUAGACGAAUAUGUCUUUACCACUGAAGCUCAUCCUUUCAGACGAGCCGAUUGA